UUAUAAAAUGGAAAGGAAGGGCACAGCUCCAAAUCACAAAAUAAAAAAGCCAGCCUCCAUCCCCAUUUAGGCGCCAAAUCUCAUCUCCGUUUCCCGCGACUUCUUCUACUUCCUCCUCCUCCUCUCGCUCUCUGACUCACUCACUAAAUUUGGCACAAUGAAGGACCUUGAUUUUAGCCGGGACAAAGAUCUAGCGAAAGAUUUUCUUCAAAACUCUGCAUCAGCCAAAUAUAUUAGCAUCCUUCAAGAUGUCGCGAAUCGGAAACUGAAAGCAAUAGAAAUUGACCUCGAAGAUCUGUUUGAUUACAAGGAUUUGGAUGAGGAGUUUGUGGGACGAGUUACCGAGAACACCCGGAGAUAUGUUGGAAUUUUUGCUGAUGCUAUUGAUGAGUUGAUCCCUGAGCCAACGGAGGCUAUUCAGGAGGACGAUUCUGACGUAUUUCACACACAACGAGCCGAGGAAGGCAAUGAGAAUCCUGAUGGGACCGACCCAAGACAGAAGAUGCCCCCAGAAAUUAGGCGUUUUUACGAAGUUUACAUCAAAGCUUCCUCCAAGGUCCAGCCAUUUACCAUUAGGGAGGUUAGGGCUUCACAUAUUGGCCAGCUUGUCAAGAUAUCUGGCAUUGUGACUCGCUGUUCAGAUGUAAAACCAUUGAUGAAGGUUGCUGUGUACACAUGUGAAGAGUGUGGUUUUGAAAUAUAUCAGGAAGUAACUGCUCGAGUGUUCAUGCCUCUAUUCGAAUGCCCAUCUAAGCGUUGUCAGGUUAACCGGGCAAAAGGACACCUUAUCCUCCAACUCAGAGCUUCAAAGUUUUUAAAAUUUCAAGAGGCCAAAAUUCAAGAGCUUACUGAACAUGUUCCUAAAGGUCAUAUUCCUCGUGCGAUGACUGUUCACUUUCGAGGGGAACUUACAAGAAAGGUAUCCCCAGGAGAUGUUGUUGAGUUAUCUGGAAUAUUUCUCCCUAUUCCUUAUACUGGGUUUAGAGCAAUGCGAGCAGGCUUAGUGGCAGAUACAUACUUGGAGACUAUGUCUAUUUCCCAUUUUAAGAAAAAAUACGAAGACUAUGAACUGAAAGGGGUUGAGGAAGAACAAAUAGCUCGGUUAGCUGAGGAUGGUGACAUAUACAACAAGCUGUCUAGAUCAUUGGCUCCUGAGAUUUUUGGACAUGAAGAUAUCAAGAAAGCUCUUUUACUCUUAUUAGUGGGCGCUCCUCAUCGGAAGCUCAAGGAUGGGAUGAAGAUAAGAGGGGAUCUACAUAUAUGUUUGAUGGGUGAUCCUGGAGUUGCAAAAAGUCAGCUGCUUAAGCACAUAAUUACUGUUGCACCAAGAGGUGUGUAUACAACUGGAAAAGGAAGCAGUGGUGUUGGUCUUACAGCUGCUGUUCAGAAGGACCCGGUCACAAAUGAGUUUGUGCUGGAAGGGGGGGCAUUGGUGCUGGCUGAUAUGGGGAUAUGUGCGAUUGAUGAGUUUGAUAAGAUGGAUGAGUCAGACAGGACUGCCAUACAUGAAGUCAUGGAGCAGCAGACGGUUAGCAUUGCCAAAGCCGGGAUCACCACAUCUCUCAAUGCAAGAACUGCAGUUCUUGCUGCUGCCAAUCCUGCCUGGGGGAGAUAUGAUCUCCGCAGAACUCCAGCUGAAAAUAUAAACCUGCCUCCUGCACUUCUAUCAAGAUUUGAUCUUUUGUGGUUGAUCCUUGACAAGGCAGAUAUGGACAAUGAUCUUGAAAUGGCCAGGCAUGUUGUUUAUGUCCACCAGAACAGAGAAUCUCCUGCCCUUGGCUUUGCUCCACUUGAAGCUUCUGUUCUCAGGGCAUACAUAUCAGCUGCUCGGAAGCUGUCUCCUAGUAUACCAAGAGAGCUGGAGGAGUACAUAGCCACUGCAUAUUCAAGCAUCAGGCAAGAAGAAGCAAAAUCAAACAGCCCUCACUCCUACACCACUAUCAGAACGCUUCUCAGCAUUCUGCGCAUAUCAACUGCACUUGCUCGGCUGAGGUUCUCAGAUGUGGUGGCUCAGAGUGACGUGGACGAAGCACUGCGGUUGAUGCAGAUGUCAAAAUUUUCAUUGUACUCUGAAGAUCGCCAGAAAUCUGGUCUUGAUGCAAUCUCAGAUAUAUACUCAAUACUACGUGAUGAAGCUGCAAGGUCCAACAAGAUGGAUGUAACCUAUGGACAAGCUCUUAACAGGAUCUCAAGAAUGGGGUACACCGAGGCUCAGCUCAAGGAAUGCUUAGAAGAGUAUGCAGCAUUGAAUGUGUGGCAGAUUCAUCCCAACACCUUUGAUAUUCGAUUUAUUGAUGCUUGAGUUCAUGAUGUCUUACUAGUUAGUAUCUAUCUGUCUAUUUUUAUUUAAGAUGCCCUUCUUUCAUGUGUCUUUUUAUCAUUCAAUUGGAUGUUGGUAGACAGCUUCAGUAACUUCAUAUCAAAUUACCUUCAAACAUUUGCAACUACCCUUGUAUUUUUUUUCUUUGCUAAAGCUAUGUAUGGG